AUCACUAGAAUGGACAUAUAGGAAAUACCAUAUCAUAAGCUAUGCCACGUAGAUUAGAAGCACCUGUGUUCUUUACCAGCGCUGCCAAAGUGAAAAUACCAUUUGUUGGAGAUGACACAAGAGCUGUGAAAUUUGCGGAAACACAAUUUUACCCAAUAUCAAAUCCUUUGGAAAAACAUCACAAUGAAGUAUCAAAACAUUUUGUGAGACUGGUCAGUAAUGAUGUCAGAUUUAAUGAUGAUGUUAUUUUAGAAAGAUGUAGUCAUUCGCUUCCUUUCAAAUCUCAUGAUUUUUCUGACCUGUACAGUUCAGACUUCGUUUCAACGAAAUCGAAGCCCGAACGAGAAAGAAAGAAAGAGUAUCCAGGUAGAUUUGAUUCCAGGGGUUACAACCGAAAAAUGCCUGGACAUUUAAAAAAGUUGCAUGAACCAUCUGUAUUGAAGAAAUCUUCAGUGGAACAAAUACAUGAUUUAUAUGAAACACAAAGCAGCAGUUUUAGGAAGAAGCCCCAUUUUCCCAGGGAAACAGAUGCUUUUACUGAGCUUAUAAAGAGACAAAUAGCUGAUGAAUUGAAACUUGCAGACAAACCAUACAUGUCAAGCUCUACUGGUAUUUCUCCAAAUGAUUGGGACGAAGUAAUUCUUGAAAAUCUGAGUAAAGAUACUGCUCAUUGGAUUGUUUACGAAGCUUUGCCUACAGGUUUACAAAAAAUAAAGCUCGGUAGAUUUUUACAAGACAAGUAUGGAGAAAAAAUGAGUAAUACUCACAUUGUUCGAGCUGAAGUAAGUGAAAGCGAUUUGAAAAAACUUAAGAAAAGCAAAAAAGAAGAAAUGAAAAAGGAGCACGAUUUGAAGAGAAUGGAGUCGAAUGAGAGGCAUCGCCAGGAAAUUCGCUCCGAUAAAUUGUUUAAAAAGUCCAUUGCCGAGUACUAUAAAUUACCACGAUUUUUGACACAGCAACAUUCAAAAGUAAUCACAACAAGUAGUGAAGUCAAUAGUACUGCAAGAAAUAUUAAAGUUAAGCAUCUGGUACAUUCGCCUCCACCAAAAAUGGAAGAUUUUUUGAAUAAAGCGGCUGGUAAAUAUAUCAAAGCAACGGACAAUGAGUUUGAACAGCAGUUAUACACUGGCCAAGCAAAACCUGUUCAUCAGAAAUUCGGGGACAGGUCUCGGGUAGUUAUGGAUGAUCUCUCAGAAUAUAAAGUUGAUGUUUGUCCAAAGUAUCCUCUUAACCCUAAUAGUUGGGUACAAAAAAGGAAACCAACAGAGUCCGAAAAUAAAUAUACAAAGGGAUUGCAGAGGUGGAUGAAAUUGCCUCAACCUGCAGAUUUUAUGUCUGAGCGGGGACUCAAUCCACCUAAAAGCGAGGAAGCUCAAAUAGAGCAAAUAAACUACAAUAAAUUGGACUCGAUGGUUAAUAAUCUGCCUUUGAUUACUUUGGUUGAGGAGUGGAGAAGCAAAUGGAAAUUGGUUGGGCAGUGGCAAGAUAUUCCGUUAUCUGAGAUUUUAAUUGAUAUGGACAGUUUACAUGAUCACAUUCGCCUAGGAUCUGUAGCAGCAUGUGCUAUGGCAUCGUUGCACAAAAAGCCGAUUAAUGACAUUACAAGCUUGGCAGUUACGGUUAUGCCAACGAAUGAUCUAGCUAUGCAAAGUGAUGAUGAAAAUACUGAUGGCCAUCUUCCUGAAGUUCUUAUUAAAAAAGUAGAGGGAAAACUAAAAGAUAGCAAUAAAAGAGUAUGUCUGGCAGCAGCAAUAUGUUUGUAUUCAUUAAAUUCAACCGAUGACACCGUUUUUAACAUUCUUAAAAACAAUGUGAAGCAUGGAUACAGUAGUGAUAGACUUGCUGCAGCUCAGUGCCUUGCCCUUAGCAAUGACAUCAGCUCGGAAGUGAUUCGCAUGAUGAUACAAUUACUGCUUGAAAAGAAUAAUACCCCAUCAUCAAAAUUAACCAUUGGCCAAAGAGAGCAGGCGACGAUGCUUUUGAUCCACAUUAGCAAUAAUACAUCAUUAGUACAUUCUUUACUGGCAGAACAGCUGAACAGCAGCAGCUGGAAAGAUAGAGUAGUGGCUUGCCAGGUUCUUGCUAAACUAACUGGAAAUAUAAACAAAGAUUUGGUUCGUAAACUCACCAAUUUGAUGUGGCAUGACUGGAGCACCGAAGUCAGAAAGGCAGCUGCUGAAACCUUGGGUCGUACAGGACAUGGAAGGGAUAUUCACUUUGAAUUGCGAAACAAAUUAGCACAGGGAAACGAAGUGAUGCGCGUUAAUGUCCUCAAGAAGAUAUCACAUCUCGGUAUCAUGACUGCCGCCCUUCUUCCUGCUUUCAUGCAGUGCUUUGCUGAUCAGUAUGUAUCGGUACGAAUGCAGGCAUGCAAAACUGCAGGUAAAUUACAACUUAAUGAUGAAUCUAUCGCAGCAGAACUACUUCGGUUAAUGGAAUUUGAUCCAUCUUGGAGAAUCAAAGCUCAUGCCAUUAAAGCUAUUCGAGAAACCGGAUUCAGUACAGACAAAAUACAUGAUGCGUUGGUAUGGGCUCUGAGAUUUGAAGAUGAAGCAGGCGUGAGGAUGGAGGCAUGUCUUGCCUUACGGAUGUUUUAUCAAAAUCAAAUCCCAGGAAAAGAAGUGUUACAUAUUAUUCAAGAUAGAGCUUUGGUUGAACCUGACCCUGCAGUUAAAGAAGAGGUCCAAAAAACUCUGGAAGCAUUCGACACUACAUCUUAUGGAGAUAAUUUGGAUAUGAUACAACAAAUCAAAACGGAAGUCAGAAGGCUGUGUAAUAAGGGUGUGAUAGCUGCAAAGAUCACAAUGUAUGAAAGAGAAUUGAACAAAUAUCAGAAUAAAGUUCAAUACAUGGGACUUGAUCAAGAUAGUUUAGAUGAUUUUCAUAGCACAACAGAAGAUUCUGAUAAUCAGUCCGUGGCACUAGGAACUUUUGUAAAUGACAACAGACCGGAAAUUAUUGUAACCCCAUCCACUGGUCACAGAUCUCCAAAAAGCCGUUCAGAAACAAGACAAGAGUCCACACCAGUAAAAGUCGAUUUGAAAUAGAUUUUUUUUUUCACCUUCUUCAUUAUCAGUUUUCACUGUAAAUUACCUGGUUCGAACUGUGAAUGGGUUUAUUGGAUUAUGAUAUAUUUUAACAAAUUUCAAUAUAAGUAUUUAGUAUAAUAGUCUACUUCAAUAUAAAAAUAACCUCUUAAUAACUCAAAUUCCCAUAAUACAUUAUCACUGUAUUUUCUUUUUUAAUUCAAUCAACUGUGCUUAAAAAUGUUUUCAAGGCUAUUAUGAUUUGAACCUCAUCUCAGUUAAUUAGCUCGCAUGAUGCUGAGUAAUUAAGUAGCAAAAAGCAGAAAUAACAAAUGAAAUAAAAUAUUUGAAUCGUUUCGAAAUUACUUAUAUUUGGGAAAUAUUUAGAAAAGCUUUAUUUCGUGUAUUUACAAAUUCAAAAUUUCGUCUUAUACAUAACAUGGCCCAAUUUGGCAUAAACUUUAGAAUGUAAUCAGAACAGUGAAACAGAUAAUGAACCCGCAAGAUUUGUAAUAUGACUCAUGUCAUAUUGUAGAUUUGCUCUAUUAUUCAAAUUUUCAUUUAGUUAAUUAGCAAUAUAUUUAGGAUUCAUUUUUAUUUUAUCCAAUUUCUUAAUGUAUAUUGUCAAAUAUUUAUUAUCAUUGGUAUUUCUGUCAUAUAUGUUACCUAAAAAUAGUACCAGUGUUAUCCUAUCUAAUAAUACUAUCUACCUAAUUUAUCUAUUUAAUGAAAUCAUUCUAUAUUGAAUCACUGACCAAUUUUCUUCUACAACAUACCAAACUAAUAUUUGAUUGGUAUAUUGGCAGAUUGACUCUUCUUGUAAUAUAAAAUGUUAUUUAUUAAUAAUUUCAAAACUGAUAAAUUAAUAUCCUCAAUAUUUUUUUAAAUUUCAUAUUCAAUUUCAACGUUGUAUAGUAGGUAUUUGGUAACAUCAUUGACUGCCUUGAACAUGGAAAAGUAGUCUUCAAGUGAAAGCUGUAUUGCGAAAUGUAAAUGCUAAGAGAAUAAAUUGGGUGAAAGAUUUGCAUAUCAAUGAUUAUAAUUUGCAAUGACAGAAAAGUGACUAAUUUUACUUUAUUAUUUUAAUUUUUCAUUUAUUUGAUAUUUGUGUAAAGAACUGUGAUACUGUACUCUGUAGAGACUGUUAUUUCUUGUAUUGUCUAUUUUUAUGAGUUGUACACUCGUUGAUAAUUAAAUCAAUUUUUGGUCUUCAACUAUAUUUUUUUUAAAAAAAAUUUUGUAUUGUCAAGCAUUGGGUACAUACCGGUAAUAGUUUUAUAUGGGAUAUUAAUUUAUUUUGCAAAUAUACACUGUAAUAUUUGUGAUCCUGAAAUUACCUCUAGAUUAUAAUAUUUCUAACCGCUUGAAAAACUGUGAAUUCUUAUUUUUCUGUCUAGAACCAUAAUAUAACAAGCAAUAAAAGAUUUAGGCUUGUGUGUA